UAUGCAGUCAUGUCAAGUUUUAUACUUAAGAAUUUCCUUUGUGAUAAUUGUAGCUUGCGGGAUAUACAAAGCAGUGGCAGGUAUCCCUGAUAUAACCCCUUCCGGCGUAGUUCUUGUUGUACGAGGAAGCAACUUGACUCUCACCUGCUCAAAUGCCGCGUCCGGAACUGCUUCAUCUUGCAAGUGGUAUGCUAAGAUUGAUGCAGAUGACUAUCAACUCAAACUAUGGAUAAACCAAGAAAAUUGUUCAAAACCUUUCGGCAACGAAGCAUUAUACGGAUUCGAAUGUCUUGGCAACAAUGUGUUCAGGUUAAUUAUCUACAACGUUCAGAACGGAAGAGACGAAAUAUAUUGGAAGUGCAUUCAGCUCUUCGGAAGUACACAAUCUGUUAGCGAUCCUAUCCGGUUAGAUGUUAAAGGUUUUAGAAAUUCCUGCCCUGUCGAAGCACCAAUGUAUUUCCAACGACCAGGAAGCGAAGUGCAAUUGCAGUUGACAACCUCCAUACACAACUUUGGACUCCGUAGUUAUCAAAUUGUAAAAGGAGGGACGUUUUACGUUUCAAUAUCCACCUAUAAUGGGGAUAUUGUAGAUCCCACAGAAGAAGUAUGCGCGCCAAACAAUUGUAUCUUCGCCGGAAAAACAUCUACCGGAAACUUUUCUAUAUCACUCGAAGCCGUCAAUGUUAAAGAUAAUGACAUUUACCAAUUAAUAGAAAAUGUUGCCAACGAUAUAAAAGCCUGCGUAACACUAUACGUUUUAGGUAUGUACAUAAGAAUAUACCUUGUACACGACCUACCUUCUCAGGUCUGCAUCGUUUAA